UCAGAGAUAAUGACUGAAUUUUAGUUUUAGCUCAGAUCAAUCUAAUCCCUGUUUCUAUCAGGUUGAACGCGCAUUAAUUGUAGUUAACGAUGGAAAACACAUAUCCAUGUGAUCAAUGUGACCAUGUUGCAUCAUUAUCAUCAAAUCUAAAGGAGCACAAGGACAGUGAGCAUAAUUACAUGUUUUAUCCGUGUAAUCAAUGUGAGUUUAUAGCAUCUUAUGCGGCGCAAUUAAAACGACAUAAAGGGAGUAAACAUAGAGGUAUAUACUCUUGUGAUACGUGUGAGUUUUCUACAGCAACCCCUUCUAAUUUAAGGAGACAUAUACGGAGCAAGCAUGAAGGAGUGAGGUUUCCAUGUAAUCUAUGCAAUCAAACCUGUUCUGAUUAUUCAAACUUAAAAAGGCAUAAAGAGAUCAAGCAUAACAGACCAGAAGUGUCGGCAGAUAAUUCAAAAUUACCAACUGUUAAACAAGAAGAGGAAAUUCCGAUUGAGAUUAAAAUUGAGGAAGUAAGUCUUGCCUGUGAUCAGUGUAAAUACGUAGCUACGCGUAUUUAUGAUUUAAGAAGACACAGGGAAGGCAAACACGAAGGAGUGCGAUACCCUUGUGACGAAUGCAAAUACGCAGCAACUUGUAAAUCAGAUCUAAAUCGACAUAUGAAGUCACAGCAUCUUAAAGUCUCUACUAGCGCUAAGAAGCGUAAACUUACUCAGAAAAAUAGCAAGAGAAAGAAAAAGGUCGACAUCUCUAGAGAACUUGAUCUUGUAAAAAUUGAACCUGGGGAAGAGCAUCUGACCUGUGAACCUGACCUCGUGGAAUCUGAACUUGAACCUGAUCUUGUGAUAGCUGAACCUUUGUCUGAUCUUGUGAAAAUUGAACCUGAACCUGAUCUUGUGAUAGCUGAACCUUUGUCUGAUCUUGUGAAAAUUGAACCUGAACCUGAUCUUGCGGAAUGGAGUGACCGGCAAGGUAUAGUGGUUGAACUGAGUAUGCAGUUUUGUGGACAAAUAUUUUAGGAUCCACGGCAAUGUAUAGUGGUUGAACUGAGUAUGCAGUUUUGUGGACAAAUAUUUUAGGAUCCACGGCAAUGUAUAGUGGUUGAACUGAGUAUGCAGUUUUGUGGACAAAUAUUUUAGGAUCCAUUUGAGACAUGUAAAACGUUUUAAUUAUAUAUCUAUACAACUAAUUACUGAGUUUGAGCGAAAAGCCGAUUAUCAAAAUCAUCCAUUUGGGUAGUACAGAUAAAUCAAUACCAGGAUGUGAAUGUGUACACUGGCAUUCUAAGAAUACACUCUGUUUUACAGCUAGUGAAUUAAAAAAAAACUAAUAUGUGGUAAAAUUUCUUUGAGAUAAUUGUAAAAUUUUAUGAAAUCUUUAAUCUUUAAUCACAGAAUAAAUAUUUAGAUCUUAAAAAGUGUCUGUAAUCCCUCAUUGUUGACAAACAUUGUCUGCAGAUUUUGGAAUUUUUACUGUAAAAACGACAUUUGAAGAAUUUGUCGAAAUCUGCAAACAUCAGUGUAAAGAAUGAGAAAUUCAGUAUAAUGAUGAAAAAGAAAUAGUUGAUUCUAACAUAGAUUUAUUGACAAAUUUCUUUUAAGAAAUAUA